AUGACCGGCCCAGCAACUCCUGGCCAGGAAGGCCCUUCAUUCGCUCCUCCAUCACUACCUGAGGGAUGGAUUGCGCAGUGGGAUGCAAACUCCAGGAAAUAUUACUUUGUCCAGAUUUCAACCGGAGUGUCACAAUGGGAUACUCCUACGCAUGCUGCCCCGAACGGUCCCACACCCCAGCACACUCCUCAAGCCGUGGACCACCCCUAUGGCCAGCCUGGUGGACAACAGGACUCGGAAAUCGUUACUCACAGCGAUGGAAGUCAGUCUAUCAGGCAUCGUGAUGGAACGACUGAGCCAUACUCGGGGGACAGAGGCAUUGGCUCCUUCGCCAUGAACCAGCUGCUAGGCGGCAAGAAAAAGCAGAGCGGAGGAGGCAGUGGUCUUGCUGGAAUUGCGAGCUCGUUCUUGGGAGGAGGUUCAAGCCACAGUGGUGGACAGAGUAGCUCCAGCAUUGGGAGUGCUGGGGGCAUUGUAGGCUCCCUUGCUGGGCAAUUCCUCGGAGGGAAGAAGAAGCAAGAUCACAGCCAGCAAAACGCGAACUAUUCGGGCUCUACCUCGACAGGGCAUUCUUCAGGAGGCGGCUUGAUGGGGCAAAUCGGAGGCAUGUUUGGAGGCGGUGGUCACCAAGCUUCGGCGGAUAUAGCGGCCAAGCACCACCAACAUCCUAUCAACCCGGUGGCGCUUCAUCUACUCCCUACCAAGCAGGCGGUGCUCCAUCUGCACCCAGCUACGGUCAACCCCAGCACCAACAAAGCCACGAUCCGUACAGCCAAAACCAACCCCAACCUCCUCACUCGUACACCCCAUCCGAGCCCCCCUAUGGCGCUCACGCCCCUCCUCAAUCUUAUCACCAACAGCCCCCAUACGGCGGUCUUGAGCACCAAAACUCGUUCGGACAAGGCCACCCACCCCCUCAGAACCAGCAAUUCCCACCUCCACCACCAGGAGGCUACCCAAGUGCACCUCAAUAUGGAGGUCCCCAACACAGCGGUAAUCUGCACAAGCCAGAAGGUGGACACCACUUCGGAGGCUCGCACUCCGGUGGUCUCUAUGGCAAUUCUCAACCUCCUCCUCCGCCGAUGGGCACGCACCCGAAUCAGUCUCAAGGUGGCUAUGGAGCGCCGGGGGGGUACCAAGAACAAGGGCAGCAUCAAAAUCCGAGAUACUAGGCAAUUUGACGUUGAUCUCAAAGUGGUGGCUGGAGGGACGGGUACGGAAUGGAUUGAUAGCUACGAAUGGCUGUUCGUUCAUUUAGAUCGUUAUCCCAUUCGUGUGUUGCGGCACACUUUGUAG